CGUGUCGUAAUUUAAACUAAAGCUGUUCGUGAACUGAAAUUUCAUGGCAUUCAUAUUAAAUAGAAUGACUUGCAUGGUCAGCUGUAUAAAGUUUUUCCUUGCAGUGUCUCUUUGUUGCUAGUUGAGUAUAUAUUGCAAAGUAAUAGUGCUUUUGCGUUUGAUAUUAGAGGACCUGGUGACUGAAAUUUUAGAAUUAUGGUGCGAAAAUGGAAGUAUCUGAUUUAGAUUGAAAUUUGAGGCUAAGCUACACAACCAUGGCAACAGGAGGGGAUGUGAGCACACCACCAAAACAUCAAAACCGUUUGGCUUAUGAAAAGUCUCCAUAUUUACUACAACAUGCUGGCAACCCUGUUGACUGGUACCCAUGGGGCGAAGAAGCAUUUGAAAAGGCUAAAAUAGACGACAAGCUAAUUUUUCUGUCUGUCGGAUAUUCAACAUGUCACUGGUGUCAUGUGAUGGAAAGAGAAUGUUUUGAAAGUGAAGAUAUAGCCAAAGCGAUGAAUGAAAAUUUUGUUAAUAUUAAAGUGGACCGUGAGGAGAGGCCAGAUGUAGACAAGAUGUACAUGACGUUUGUUCAGGCCACAUCUGGUGGAGGAGGGUGGCCGAUGAGCGUGUGGCUUACGCCAGAGCUCACGCCGGUGUAUGGUGGUACAUAUUUUCCUCCAGCUGAUACUUACUAUGGUCAGCCAGGCUUCAAAUCUCUUCUUUCCAUCAUAGCAUCUCAGUGGAAAGAUAGUCGGCAGAAAUUCUCAGAGUCUGGUGCAAUGAUCGUGGAAAUAAUGCGAAGGACAUCUAUAUUGGAUGCAGCGUCAUCAGGGACGAAUGUGGAAGUCCCUGGUGAAGCGUGUUGGAAGACAUGCAUUCAGCAGUUAACACGCAGUUACGAACCGCAGCAUGGCGGAUUUGGAGAGGCACCAAAGUUUCCUCAACCUGUCAACUUAAAUUUCUUGUUUCAUGCUUAUUCUCGGGAACCUUCUUCUGAAACAGGGAAACAAGCCCUUGAAAUGUGUCUUCACACCCUGAAGAUGAUGGCUAAAGGAGGAAUUCAUGACCAUGUUUCUCAGGGGUUUGCGAGAUAUUCCACAGAUGAUCGAUGGCAUGUACCCCAUUUUGAGAAAAUGUUAUAUGACCAGGCUCAGUUGGCCGCGGUAUAUUCAGCCGCAUAUGUCGCUACCAAGGACCCUUUUUAUGCAGAUGUUGUGAGGGAUAUACUGACAUAUGUCGACAGGGACUUGAGCGACAAGAGCGGAGGUUUCUAUAGCGCGGAAGAUGCUGACUCUUACCCCAGUCAUGGCGCUUCGCGUAAGAAAGAGGGAGCCUUCUGUGUCUGGACAUAUAAUGAAAUUCAGAGUCUACUUAGUAAGCCUAUAGAUGCCACUAGUGGGCACUGUCUGGCCACUGUCUUUUGUACACAUUAUGACGUGAAGCCCCAAGGGAACGUUAACCCUUUCCAGGACCCACACGAUGAACUGAAGAACCAGAAUGUAUUGAUAGUGGUGGGGAGUGAGGAGGAGACGGCAGAGAAGUUGAAACUGGAUGUGGCAACAGUGCAUGCGGCUCUGAAGGAAGGCAGAGAAAUCUUGUAUGAGGCCCGUCAGAAAAGGCCAAGACCGCAUCUUGACGACAAGAUGGUAACAGCAUGGAAUGGUCUGAUGAUAACAGGAUUUGCGAAGGCCGGCCAAGCGCUGCAGGACGACGGCUAUAUUCAGAGGGCAGUCACCGCUGCCAACUUCGUAAAGAAACACCUGUAUAAUCCAACAGCUGAAACAUUGCUGAGAAGUUGUUACAGGGGCACGGAUGGCGACGUCGCACAAAUCUUAUCACCAAUACAGGGAUUUUUGGACGACUACGCAUUUGUGAUCAGAGGACUGCUGGAUCUGUAUGAGUCGUGUUUUGAUCCGUCCUGGCUUGAAUGGGCCGAAGUCCUUCAGGACCGACAGGAUCAGUUGUUUUGGGACGACGACGGCGCCGGCUACUUCACCAGCUCGGCUUCAGACGCCUCUAUCCUCGUACGACAGAAGGAGGACCAAGACGGGGCAGAGCCUUCUGGUAAUUCAGUAGCGGCCAGCAAUCUUUUGCGAUUGAACGCUUUCUUAGACCGAGCAGAGCUUCGCGACAAAGCGGUGAGGUUGUUCACUGCCUUCACAUCGAGACUCAGCAGCGUCCCCGUCGCUCUACCAGAGAUGACGUCCGCCCUCAUGGUCUACCACGAUUCCCCGACGCAGGUGUUUGUCGCAGGCGCUGCAGACGCCGAGGAUACGAGAGCGCUUCUCGGCGUCGUGCAGGGAAAACUGAUUCCCGGACGAGUGCUGGCUCUGGCAGAUGGCAGAGAUGACAGCGUGCUGUACCGCCGGUGCGAAGAGUUCCGGAGGAUGAAGCCGGUUGGCGGCAAAGCCUCUGCGUACGUGUGCAGACAUCGCACGUGCCGUGGUCCCAUCGCCUCACAACAGGAUCUCGACGAGAUACUCGAUGAACGAGAAUAAGUAUUACUUGACUCUUCAAUUUCUGUGAAGUCUUUGAAGAAAUUUGAUAUUUUAAAAUUGUAGAUUUUGUUUAUUUAUAGGGCCAAGGUCAAGAAGGUAUACUACCUGGUGCUUCGUAAGUAUCAGUGGAAAAUGUAAAUGUGGUAGUAAAAUGGCGAUUGAAUCCUUAGAGCCGAAUUUAAUUGGCACGUGGAGGAUUUUUAUGGAAUUUAUUUUGAAAAUGCGGUUGAACAGUCGUCACAUAUUUUGCGUAACAGAAGACUUUCUUUGGUCGAGACAGAAUUUUAUUGUGUAAACGCGACUGGAGUCACUUAUAAAUGUAAUCUCUGUACCGUGUUCCAGCUGAAUAAAUAUUUAAUUUACGUCAGUUCGGAGUUCGUAUAUCUAAUAAAAGCUGUUUCGAUAUAUAUAUAUUUUCUGGAUCAUUAAUCUUUUUUUAUUAUUUUAUUAUAUAUGACUUGUGUAAAUAUUCCAUUUCUCAUUUCUUUUUCAUUUUAUAACUUAAAGGAAGUUACGGCUGAAUUUAUUAUAUCAGUAAAGUUUAUUAAAGAAAUUUGAUGAUGAAUGGGCACUUUUGUUAAUGUGAAAUUAGCCCACGCGUGAAUUUGUCUGCUCUCUCUCUCUUUUUUUUAAAUAAAUGUAUAUAUAAAAGAAUUCUGCAGUUGUCAACUGUUUCCACUGCAUAUCUGCGAUUGUGCGUGAUCUAACGUGCAGAGAACAUUUUAAACUACGUUUUCAGAAUACUCUUAAUUUCGUUUAAUAAACUGAAUUCUGUUUCUGUUUACUGUUAAUUGAAAUGUUUGUCUCAUGAUAAAAAAGACAAGUUGCUGUUAUUUAUUAUUAAGCCGAAGGUUAGAAUUAGAAUAUUUUAACGUAUUGUUAGUGUGUCAGCAUUUUAGAAGACGGAAGUAAACGCAGUUAAAAUAUUCCGUGCUGAUAAGUCGUGAUAUUGAAUGUAAAUUAUACAGGGUGUGCCAUUAAAACGCGAUCCAACAAAAAUGAAACCAGAAGCAGGUCCGCCCUUGUGUAAUGGACUCUUCAGGCUUUCACCGUGACACUUGAGUUGAAGUCAUCUUUGUUUGUAGGCCACUGCUUACGAAGCAUUUGGCAGUGGCGUAUCCUGACGAGGAAGUACGGAAUCAGGUAACAAGAUUUGUGGUGGAUGGUUGUCUUUGAGAAGGCGAAGGAUGUCAAAAAUACUGUUGUACUUAGGGUUGUGCUUUAAAUGGAACACUGUGUUCGUAAAAUGAUAAUAAAUUUGUCGUUAAAAUUGUA